UCUUUUGGAUUCCAGACGGCACAUCAGGGGGAGAGAGCAGAAAGUUAAAACUGGGGAGACAACCGCAGCAAUGGCAUACAGAAGAGGCUUCAAUGUGGUCCUCUUCUUUCUAUGCAACCUGGCUGUGGCACUAACAGAGAGCACUGGGCCUUGCUACAGAAUCGAGCCGGGGACAAUGGCAGGCAUCAUCUGUGCAGACGUGGUGCUGACACUUAUCAUUGUCAUUGUCACCUACCGGUGUGCCAGCUUACGCCGUCAGAGAAUAGACAAUGCUAACAAAGUGUAUAUGAAUGUCCGGGCCAACUGCAAGAGCUGAUCCAAAGAUUGUGCAGAACAAUGGGAAAUGAUAUUCAAUUUUAAAAUUCUGUUGUUGUUUUUAUAAAAAUAUCUUACAAAACGUUAUAGAAAUUAUGUGAACAGUUUAAUUAUUUUUGCAAUAAGCAGAAUAACACUGUCUUUAACAGGCCAAAUGACUUCUCAGUUUUUUAGAUUUACAAUAAAUACAGUAGACGACAAAAAAACUAAUUGUUUUGAGUAUUAAAAAACUUUUACUAU